AUGGAUAGCACGAAGGUGGCAGCAAUUGUUGAUUGGCCACAACCUACUUCUGUGACAGAGAAAGGGAUAAAGUUUGAGUGGAAUGAUGAUUGUGAGCAUACCUUCCAAGAGUUUAAACUGAGGUUGACAUCAGCUCCAAUCCUUGCCUUACCUACAGAUGGUGGCGGUUUUGUGAUUUAUAGUGAUGUUUCACGACAGCGUUUAGGAUAUGUGCUCAUGCAGCAUGGGAAGGCAAGUGUGAUUGCGGAUGCCUUGAGUAGGAAGGUCGCAAUUGGAAAUGUAGCUGCUUUGUCUAUUGAGAGUUGUUUGGUGGAAUACAUGAGGCGUUUGAGGCUUGAGGUUGUUACGCCUGGUGAUAAGGCUUAUUGUAGUCAAUUGACAGUUCAGCUGACCUUGAGAGAACGAAUUCGUUUAGCUCAGGAGAUUGACCCCCAAUGUAAGCAUAUUAAAGGAGAGAUGGCAGAGGGUAAGCAUGUAGACUUUGUGGUUAAUGAUGGUGGGUUGCUUAGAUUCCGUAGCUGA